CAUGUGCUCGACGCAAGUUCGGAUUAAUACGGUAGGCUUCGAAUGCCGGUGGCUUCUACUUAAAAAAAAAAAACCAAAAACGACACCCCCCUCGAUGCGCAUUGCGCACCGUUCCCGCUCUCUUUUAUCUCUCCCUCUUCAUCCUUCUCACUUCUGGUCUCCCAAUAGAUUUCUUUCUUUCCGCUUUCUUCCAUCGCAGAAACCACGAACUCUAACUCUAAUCAGAAGAAGACCUGUACGAAUUCUAGCUCCUGUUUCAAUGGCGGAUACUGAGAAUGCUUCGACGGCAAUCUUGCCUGAAGUGGACGCGAAGUUCGGAUUCACUCGACCGGAGAUGAACAAGAGCAACCUCGCCGGCACUGUGGAUCAGUACGACCGACACGUCUUCGUCUGCUUCAGAGGUCCUGACUCAUGGCUUCCACGCGUUGAGGAAUCUGAGACUGAUCUCCUCCCCAAGCUCUUUUCCUCUGCUGUUAAAGCUCGUAAGAACGAUAUCACCAUUAAGACUAAGGUAACGAUUUGCGAGGAACGCGAGGGGACUGAGUUUGAGCGCGGAGAUGUGUUGAUUUUUCCUGAUAUGAUCAAAUACAAGUGUUUGAAGGACUCGGAUGUCGAUGGUUUUGUUGAUGAUGUGCUUGUGAAUGGAAGGCCAUGGGCUUCAGGAGUGCAGAAGCUUACUGGUUCAUAUGUCUUUGUGUGUGCUCAUGGUAGUCGUGAUAAGAGAUGUGGUGUUUGUGGACCUGUUCUUAUUGAUAAGCUCAAAGAGGGGAUUGAAUCUCGAGGGCUGAGGGAACAGGUGUUUGUUAGUGCCUGCUCUCAUGUUGGGGGGCAUAAAUAUGCCGGGAACUUGAUUGUCUACAAUCCAGAUUCGGAGGGAAAAAUUAUGGGCCACUGGUAUGGCUAUGUUACACCCGUUGAUGUGCCUGAAAUUCUGGAUCAGCACAUUGGGCAAGGAGUAGUAAUAGAACGUAUUUGGAGGGGCCAAAUGGGAGCACCUAGUGAAGAAGGUGAAAAGGCUGCUGAGCAAAGGCUUCUGAAUGGAAAAGAUGUGAAGGAAAGUAACAAACGUGAAGAAAGCAACAGCGACGUCAGUAAAGAGAAUGUUGGUGGCUGUUGCCAGGGCGCUAAUGGCUUUUCAUGCUGGAGAGAUGGAAGUUUAGGAGUAAAUGAAGAAAAGAAACUGGAGGAAAACAACAAAAUUCAUGGAAAGAAGGGGCUAGGUAAAGUGUCAAGCUGGAUAGCAUCAUUGGAGCAAAGCGAUGUCCUUGCAGCUGUUGCUGUGAUUGGAGCAGUUGCAACUGUUGCAGCGGCCUGUAGCUUGUAUAAAAGGCAGAUCCAGUAGUAACACUGAAAAUAAUACUCCAAUCACAAGUUGCGAGAAUGAUACACAUAUAUUUUUGGUGUAAGGGGGUAUCACCAAAAUUUUAGCAGUUUGAGUGAUAUGGAACUUCACUUAUUAUUUCUUGAUUUCUACACAGAUUAUAUUGUUACUAGAAUGAUACAACAUUUGGUGAAUGGUUCAUGUUAGUGCUUGAAAUUGAUACAAUAUUGCUUGAUUAAA